CAAAAUGAAGGUCUUAGUUUCUCUGUUCGUGUUCGCUGCUACAGUAGCAGCAAUCAACGCUACUUGUUUGUACUGCAGUAACCACACUGGUAACUACCAAGAAAUCAAAUACGAAGAUCUGAAAACUUUGGAAGAUUUUCAUUAUGGUAACCAAAAUAAUAACAACAACGAGUCCAAAAGCGUUGCCCAAAAAAUUAGAAUUAUUCUGAAAGCAAGUCAAAAGUAUCAGUUAUAUGUCGAACAAGCCAAAAAGAAUCUUAAAUUCUCAGACCCAAUGAGCUUAGUCGAUGCCACCGAGUUCUUGAGCAACGGUGAAAUCGAAUACAGAAACGCCAAAAUUCAAGGUUUGGGAAAUACAAUCUUGAGUGAAGUUAAUGUCGACCAAAUCGCCGAUAACAUGUUUUUGGUCACCGCUAAUUUGGAGAAAGCCGAUAUCUUCGGUGAUUACGAUGCCGCCAACUUUAAAAAAACUGAGUCCGGGCAGUUCUACAUCACACUGAGAAAAAUUGAAUUCAAAGCGAAGUUUCUACUGAACGAGUUCAUGGAAACUCGUCCAGAAAUCGACUCCAAGUCGCUGACAUUCGGUCACCACGAGUCCGCGUUCACCAACAUGGAAGUAUUAAACGAGUUGAGGAGCGGAAACGACCAAUUUGAAAAGCCGUACAUCUAUUACUACAACUACCUCAACAAGAUAAUCAAACGCCGUCUCGCCGAAGAAAUGGCCGUCAGUUUCGCACCCCUAGUUGCAAUGCGUCUCGCCCAAGAGUUGAGAUCGACCGUAUUGUUCCCGACAAAAACCAUGGUUGUUCCAAAAACCAAUGCUUACAUUGCUCCCGGAAUACAAGCCAAGAUUUACAAUACUAUGUUUAACGACUUAAGCGGCACUAACAAAAUCCAAAAGAUGGUAAACUACACUAUUAAUGAUGAUCAAACCGAAAUGCUCUUCUGUUUCACAUCAUUCGACCUAAGAGGAAACAGCGAAUGGGCUUUGGAAUACAACACCGGAAACGUGUACAAUGGCAAAGCUUCGUUUGCCGUUGACAACAUGCAAACUAUGAUUGUCGUCGCCAAACCCAUCGGUCAAGGACACAUUGUGAAGAAGUUCUCAAAGACCACCCUCAACGGAGUCACAGUUUUGUUGAAUAACGAUAACAACUGCGAAACUAUCAGGAAUUUCGCUCAUGAACGCAUCCCCAAAGUCUUGGAAAACAGCAUUCAAAAAUUCAUCGACGAACAAUCUGAGAUGGUAUUGAGUAACCAAUUCGCCCUUAUUGGUUUGAAAUAUAAAAACUAA